UUAACCACUUUUCGACCGGCCGUUGUAUAUAAAAAAACAGCCGGACGGUGGCAGUGCAGGGUCGGGUUGCUGUUUAUAAACGGCCUCACCGCACCCUGCUUGUGCGCACUCCCUGGGAGCACGCAGCACCGCGAUCCAGUGCCUGCUGUGUCCUCCGGACACAGUGAAACACCGAUCGUCGGACGGGACCUCUGUACGAGGUCCCGAUCAUGUGAUCACUGAUUGGCCAAUCAGUGAUCACAUGCAAAGUAGUAAGCAAGAUGUCACUUGUGGUCACAUGCCUUGUACCAUGUGACAAGCUGUGACCAAUCACAGCUCACUCAGUAUUUCUCAGUGACUGCAAGAAUGCAGACAGAGAGAGAGAAUGAUUGCUUUUACAUCCUAUAUGGGUGUAAAAGCAAUCGGUGUAAAAAAAAAA